CGACGCUGCUAAGCAACUCUUGUUACGUUAAAGCAUUGUUGACGUUAACUCACUGUGGCCAUCAUGUACCCAGCAACGUGUCCGGCGGGGCGCAGUGAGUAUUAAUACUGUAACAUCGACAUGGGCAACAAAAAAUCGUCUUUUGAUGACAAUGAUGACGGUGAGAGGAAGUUUCGCACCGCCGCUUCGACGGUGGGGACACUAGCGACACACACCGAUCAUAGCAGUAAAGAGGAGAAGCGAGCGAAGUUGAUAGCCACCAUAGAGAGAAUGAAGAGAGAGAAGGAGAUGGCGUGUUUAGCGAUGGAAAGGGUAGACAGCACGGACCUGUCGAGAUUUAAACGACGUAACACUUCGGUUGAUUCCGACAGUUUACAGCAAGUAAACAUAAACGAAGAAAAGCACGACGAUGAAACGUUCUGCCACCUGUGUAAGAAGCUGGCGCUGGCGGACGGCUACCUGUGUCGGGUGUGUGACCGGGUUUUCCACAAACACUGCCUCGAGAAGAGCGGCCAGUGUCGCAGCAUUGACCUCGAGCUGCUUCCUCGAGCACACACCAACAUUGGUUGGAGCUGCUACAUCUGUGGUAACCUGUGUCUACUGCUUUCUGAUGAUGAAAUGAAUCAAAUUAUAGAGAAGUUUGAUGCACUCGAUACAGACAAAGACAGUUGUAUAUCGUGGGCGGAAUACGAGAAACACCGGUCCUACCUGUAUAGCAGUGACGGGAACGCACGGGGGAUAACGGAAAGGGAAAUUGAGUGGCUCCACCUGGAUUUCAAACUGGCGGAUGUUAAUGCAGACGGGCAGCUCGACUGGUGGGAGUUCGUCAACCACGACGCCAAGAUACUGCUCAUGAAAAGGAGAAAGGAGGACCUGGUGCAGCUGUUGACACACAAGGAGGUUAAGAUGGCGCGGGACAUGUUCUCCGCGCUCGAUCGUGACAGCGACGGCAAUGUCAACGAGUUAGAGGCGCGGGAGGCAUUCAGUCAGUUUUACAAGAACUACAGCUCCGCCGGCAUUACCUCCGCGCCAAAUUUCAGACAAAACCAAGAGACAUACGUCACAGUGAGUACCCGGAUGGUCAUGCGCAGUUCUGACAAAGAAUUCGAUGUUUUGACGUGGCCACUGUUUGUGUUGGAGCAGGCUUUGUAUAUGAUCUGUAACAGACCGAACCUGGUGAACGCUGGAAAACUCUGGAACCAGUAACCACAAAGAGAACUUGGAGGACUGUAUUAACACUAUGUAUAUUGUUUGUGGAGUGAUAGCAUCUUAUAUUCAGCGUUACGUUUUGUUUCUGGCGCACUUUCAUGGUCACGACACCAGAUCAUUUUUCGUUUUUUUAAAAUCAGGCUUUACCCUUAAUAUCCAUGCCUAUGAGAGAGAGAGAGAGAGAGAGAGAGAGAGAGAGAGAGAGAGAGAGAGAGAGAGAGAGAGAGAGAGGGGGGGGGGGGGGUAUAAUUAUAGUAUGCGCCUAUUUGUGCGUGCAUAUGGGUAUGUGUCUGUGAGCAUACAUUUUAGUUUUAUUUUAUGUAAAUAAUUUUCAAGUACACGUUUGGGUGUUUGCAGUAUAGCAGAUUAUGUAUGUAUAAAUUGUAUGUGAUCAAAACAAGGUCACUAAAAAUGCAUUUUUGUUUGGUCAUAUAUCAAUUCAGCCAAUACCACACAUGUUGUGUAUUUAUAUCUGUAGUUGACAGACACUUAUCAAAGGUUUAGAGAAUCAGAAGUCACUUCAACUUUAACAUAUAGUGAGAGUGGUCUGCGCAAGUCAUUGUAUAUAAUAAUUCAUUUCAUGUAUUCCAUGUUCAAUGUGCUACAUAUUUCAUUCAUAUAUGUUCUGAAAAUAAAGUUUAAAACGUA